AUGUCCUGCUACAACCAGUGCCUGCCGUGCCAGCCCUGCAGCCAAAUCCCACUGGCCAACAGCCACAACAAGCCCUGUGUCAGGCAGUGCCAGAACUCCACUGUCGUCAUCGAGCCCUCCCCUGUGGUGGUGACCCUGCUCAGCCCCAUCCUCAGCUCCUUCCCGCAGAACACUGUUGUGGGAUCCUCCACCACGGCCGCUGUUGGCAGCAUACUUAGAAAGCUCAAAUUCAAGAAGAAUGAGCUUCUGAGAAAAUUAUUACUUCCACAGAGGCUUCCUCUGGACCUGGGGCAGUGCAGGACCAGUAUAAAAGCCACCCCCCGCUCUUCACUGCUCAUCUGCUUCGCUCCCCUUCUUCUCCUUCGGAAGCAAGUGCACCUCCAACCCCGCGACAUGUCCUGCUACAACCAGUGCCUGCCCUGCCAGCCCUGCGGCCCGACCCCGCUGGCCAACAGCUGCAACGAGCCCUGUGUCAGGCAGUGCCAGAACUCCACUGUCGUCAUCGAGCCCUCCCCUGUGGUGGUGACCCUGCCCGGCCCCAUCCUCAGCUCCUUCCCGCAGAACACCGUUGUGGGAUCCUCCACCUCCGCUGCCGUUGGCAGCAUCCUCAGCUCUGAGGGAGUGCCCAUCAACUCUGGGUGCUGUGACCUCUCCUGCAUCAGCAGCCGCUACUGCGGCAGAACAUGCCUCCCCUGCUAA